GCUGGGAAUCCCUGCUGCGCGAGUUGGGGGCGGGGCUUAGUGGUCCCACGGAGGAAACCCGGAAGUCCGCUGAAGGUCUCCGCCGGAGUGCUUCCCGCCAUGGACUGCGACGGCUACCGCCCAUGUUUGGAUGGGUUAGACUAUGAUGAUUUCCAGUUCGGCUCUCAUUUGAUUGAGCAGAAGGAGUUGCAUAUGGAGACAGUUGAAGGCCCAUACCUCACUAUCAUUGAACAGCCAAAGCAGCGAGGUUUCCGAUUCCGAUAUGGCUGUGAAGGGCCUUCACAUGGUGGGCUACCUGGAGCCUCUAGUGAGAAGGGACACAAGACCUAUCCCACUGUCAAGAUUUCUAAUUAUGUUGGACUGGCUAGGAUAGAAGUGGACCUGGUGACUCACACUGACCCUCCGCAGGUGCAUGCCCAUAGUCUAGUCGGAAAGCAGUGCGGCGAUGAUGGCAACUGCAUUGUGACGGUGGGCCCGAAGGACAUGACUGCACAAUUUAACAACUUGGGUGUGCUCCACGUGACUAAGAAAAACAUGAUGGAAAUCAUCAAGAAGAAAUUGCAGAAGCAAAAGAUGCGAAAUAGGGUUCAGUCUCUGACAGAAUCUGAGCAAGAGGAGAUCGAGCAAGAAGCAAAAGAGCUGAAGAAGACAAUGGACCUCAGCAUUGUUCGUUUGCGUUUCAGUGCCUACCUUCGUGACAGCAGUGGAAACUUCACUCUGGCACUGAAGCCAGUUAUAUCAGACCCCAUACAUGACAGCAAGUCUCCUGGAGCUUCCAACCUAAAGAUCUCCCGGAUGGAUAAGACAGCUGGUUCUGUACGAGGUGGGGAUGAAGUCUACUUGCUGUGUGAUAAAGUUCAGAAAGAUGAUAUUGAAGUACGAUUUUAUGAAGAUGAUGAAAAUGGCUGGCAGGCCUUUGGAGAUUUCUCUCCUACUGAUGUGCAUAAACAGUAUGCCAUUGUAUUCCGCACACCGCCCUACCACAAGAUGAAGAUAGACCGCCCAGUCACUGUGUUUCUCCAGCUGAAACGCAAACGAGGGGGUGAUGUGAGCGACUCCAAGCAGUUUACAUACUACCCAGUUGUUGAAGAUAAGGAAGAAGUGGAAAGGAAACGUAAGAAGACCUUGCCUCAGUUCCCUCAGCACUUUGGUGGAGGUGCAUCUAUGGGAGGUGCUGGUGGUGGAGCAGGUGGAUUUGGUUCUGGUGGAGGUGGAAAUCCCUGGCACUCUUCAGGAUAUAAUCCCUAUAACAGCAGCAUCUACCUCUCUGGUACCCACCCUGUGGGCAACUACCAAGGAGGGAGGGGCAUUCAGAUGUCUGAAACGGCCAGACUGAAAGAGAGUGACCAUCAGCACUCAGAAGAUGAGGGCCAGACCCUCAUAGAAGAAAAGAAUUAUUUAGAACUGUUACAGCAUGCUCAAGAGUGCAGUUCAUGGAUGCUGAUGCUGGCUCGACGUAGUGCUCGGGCUCUUCUGGACUAUGCCGUCACUGCUGACCCACGUAUGCUGUUGUCUGUGCAAAGACACCUUGCAGCUUCUCAGGAUGAGAAUGGAGACACGCCUUUGCACCUGGCUAUUAUCCAUGAGCAGACAGCUGUGAUUGUGCAACUGGUCCAGGUUGCAGUCAGUAUCCCCAAUCAACAAAUCAUCAACAUCACCAACCACUUGCAGCAGACACCUUUGCACCUGGCUGUGAUCACCCGUCAGCCCAGAGUGGCUGGUUUCUUGCUGCAGGCUGGUGCAGAUCCUACUCUCCUAGAUCGCUAUGGCAACUCGAUCAUUCACCUUGCCCUCCAGCUGGAUGAUGAGGAGAUGCUAAGAACCCUCCUCUGUCACUUGGGGUCCCACACGCUCCACCUUCUUGAGACACCAAAUUACCUUGGGUUUUUCCCUGUACAUCUUGCUGUGAAGUGCAAGAGGCCGACCUGUCUUGAGCUGCUGGUUGAAAAGGGAGCAGACGUGAAUACAGCUGAGUGGCAGAGUGGCCGGACACCAUUACAUCUUGCUGUGGAGAUGGAGAACCUGAACCUGGCCACCUAUCUGAUGAAGAAGUUGGGAGCUGAUGUGAAUGCUCAGACUUCUGCCGGGAAUACCCCUCUUCACUUGGCAGCAGGAAUGGGUUCUCCAAUCCUUACCAAGAUGCUAAUCAAAGCAGGGGCUGACAUUCAGUGUGAGAACGAUGAACCUAUCAUGGGCACCUCUUCUAACUCAAGCAGCGACACAGAGUUGGAUCAGGAAGAGGAGGAUUGGGCCAUGGAGUUGGGAGAUACAUGUUCCAGUGAACUCACUGAGCAAUACACAGACCAUAUUGCAGAGAGCAAAGAACUGGAUCCACAUAGGAAAAAGCAGCGACGGGGCCACAUCCCAUUUGACUUGACUUCUAGCCAGAAAGUGCGGGAGAUACUGCUUCUUGCUACAUUGGAGGUUGGUGACAAGGAGCGAUCUGCAGCGCCUACUGUUUCUAGACAAGGAAGCAUCCUAUCUCUGAACAGUGACACCUUCCAGAGUCUGGAGCAGCUCCUAAAUCGGGACUGCCAUGGGGCAGACUGGGUGGAAUUGGCUAAGAGAUUGGGUCUCUGCAGUCUGGUGGAGACCUACAGAGACACACCAUCCCCCUGCCGGGGACUCCUAUUCAGCUAUGAGCUUGCUGGUGGCAGCCUUAAGGGUCUGUUGGAGGCCCUUGAUGCAAUGGGACUGGUUGAGGGAGUGAGGUUGCUACGCAGACCAGAGACCUUUGCCAAACUACAAAGUACAGAGCUGAAGGAAGACAGUGGUUAUGGGAGUCAGUCUGUGGAAGAGGAGUCAGCGGCACUGCCUGGGAAGAUGCAACCAGAACCUAUGCUGGAGCCACCAACUCUCUCACUUCAAAACCAGGAGGAGCAAGUGCACUGAUGUUUGGAGUAUCAGGAGCCUAACUGACUGUCUGGGGAGGCAGGUGCCUCCCAAGUCCUGUGUUCCAGCAGUGAUCACCAGGAAUGUUGUAUAAUGUUGAUCAGCUCUAAUUGUAAUGGCUGGUGUGUAAAGGAUAGUUCAGCUUGUCUGCUGUACUCACUAGGCCUGGUUCAAUUGUGAAAAAGCACUCAGCUGCCAUUCUUGUUUUAGUCCGGCUGAGUCUCAGGAUCAUGGGCUGGAAUCUUCUUCCUGUGCUCUCCCACAUCUUCCUCUUCCUCUGCGAUAGUUGUGACCUGCUGGACAAUAGAAACUACUUCUUUGUAAGCUGCUGGAAGAAAAUCCUUCGCAAGGACCAUGCAAAUCUUAUCCACAUAGUGCCUUUUCAAGUUCUCUAGAUUCUGGUGCCUCUUGGGGAAAUAAUGGAACCAAGCUUUUUCUCUGAGCAAAUCUCCAAAAUGUGUUUAGAGGAUUGUCUUGGCAGUUUGAAUUCCUUAAGGCAAUCCUAUGAAGACAGGUCAAUAGGCUGUCUGUCUUGAGGAUUUUGGAUGGAAUCAUAGACUUGGAAGAGGCCUCAUAGGCCAUCAAGCUCAACCUCCUGCUCAAUGCAGUUGCUUAGUCAUAUAAUGGCCAUUUUGGAUUUGAGUAAUCUCUUCAGCCUUGCAGGUAUGGUGGUGGUUUUGACCAUUCUCUUAAAUGUUUUAACACCUGUCAGGUGGUUGAUUGGUAAUUCACACAUUUCUCUGAAGUGACGAGAAGUAUCUUCCUGGGAAAUUAGCUGCCUUCCACAAGUGAAGAGCUGCUGAUGUCUUGCUCCAGGUAGCUGCUUAUGGUUGCAUUCCCUAUUCAAUGAAGUUAUCUCUUGUUGCAGAUGUAUGUGUGUUAUUUGCAAAUGUGCUGUGCACAUGGCAAUCACAGUGAUGGUAAAUUCCUCAGUAGAGAACAUAGCUGACAACAGUCCUUGCAUACAUAUGUCAUAUUCUGAGGUAAUAAUCACUUUCAGUUCUAAAUCUGAGCUGGUAUAUUUUCAGGAAUUUUUAAGCUACAACUUCUUCACUCAAAAAUGCCCAAUUCUUUAAAUGGAAUAAAUGAUGCAAAUUUGUACAUA